AUGGCUGAAAAAGCCUUCGAAACAUUACUCUACGAUGAAGACGAUCUGUGUUGGAUCCCUUCUAUCGAUCAAGAGUAUCUGGACGGAAAGCAGCAAGCAAAUGGGCGGCGGAUAGUGUGCAAUUUGGGCUGUGUCGAGUGGCAAACGGACCGUGUUGGUCUACAGCCUUUGUGCUGGAGGCUGAAGCCUUCCAGUUUGAAUCUUGCCAAUAAUUCUCACAAAACGACGCAACGAGAAACUCAGUUGUCAAUGGCACCUGUAGGGUACGUCGAAAGAGGAGGUGUGGAGUUUUCUAUUAUUCCACGGAGUUCAGAAGGAUGGAAAGAGGUAUCUCCCAGGUUCGUUUACACAGCCCGAAGCACGGAGACAAGCUCGACUGUGGUCACGACGCACCUGGACGGAGUACGUAAUGGUGGUUCAAUCUGCAGUAAUGACUCGGUGGUUGUUACGACAUCGUUGCGACCGGAUCCUAUCAUAUACGCCACAGAGCAGGCGAUGAUGGAGGGAGAUAUAGUUUUACCUGAGUUGGAAUCUUUAUUAAGGAUAGCUGUAGCCGAAGCUGUAGUAGUUCCUCCUAGUGGGGAGGUGGACUUACUGUUCAGUGGUGGGUUAGACUCUACGAUUUUGGCGGCUAUAGUGAGUAGUAUGUCGUCGAGUGUUAACUUGUGGAAUGUCUCAUUCGCUGGAGCCACAGCACCAGACCGUCUGACUGCCUUGGCCAGCUACGUCCAGCUCGUAGAACGUUCUCGACAUGCGACAGGCUCGCAAAAAGUCUUACGGCUUUAUUGCUACGAUGUGUGCCCGGAAGAACACACACUAUUACAGGAUACGAUUCUCUCGGCGUUGCACCCGCGAAUGACAUUAAUGGACUACACCAUCGGCAGCACGCUAUUCAUGGGAUCGAGGAUGCGCGGGAAACAGGUCACCUACGAGCAGGCCUGCGAAUUACUGGGUCUGCCCUCUGCUCCCGACGAACGGCACGAGCACACACUCCUACGACUGCUGAAGGACGUGGAUAACACCCUCUGCAUGCCGCACCGCUCCACCUGGCGCGGAGAACCCGCGACCGGAGCGGAAUCAGCCACCAAAGUGGACUCUAUUGGGGGGGAACCGGCUGGGCAUCGACAGGCUUCGUCCGGACAGGCUUCGUCCGGACAGGCUUCGUCCGGACAGGCUUCGUCCGGACAUCGCCAGGCUUCGAUCCUGCGGUGUUUCGCUUGCGAGAGAUACGCGGCCAAGCCGAGCUGCGGGCUCUGUCGGAAGUGCUGUGUCGCAAGGGGACACGCGGAAGCCGUGCAUCGUUGCGUUCCGCAUAGAGUGAACCGCGCACCGAGCGAGACAGCGUCUGUCUUGACACGGCUGCAAACAAGUUGGCCGGCGCUGUACGCCGAGUUGCCAAUGCGCGACCGACUCGUCGAAAAGCCUGGACCGAAAGUGUUGCUAAGUGGCAACGGAGCGGAUGAACUGUUCGGCGGUUACGGACGUUAUCGAACGUGCCAAAACGCGGAAGGAUGUGGGGGCUGGCGUGACGAAAUGGUCCGCGACCUGGCGAAUCUUUGGACCAAAAACCUUGGUCGGGACACACGCGUACUCGGCACCGCCACGAACCAUUGUGUGCGUGGCGCUCUCCCUUUCCUCAACCCCCGCCUGGUCGAUUUCGUAGCCCACCUGCCCACCAACCUCCUGGCCCAUGGCACGCCGGGAUGCACGGCCCCCUUUUCGUUUGAUAAAGCGCUCUUGAGGGAAGUGGCGCUGGAUCGCCUUGACCUGGCCGUCUCGGCCCGUCUAAAAAAAAGAGCGAUGCAGUUCGGGUCACGUUCUGCCAUGUCCAUCUUCGUCGACACGGAGCACAGCCGCCGGUCGUACAAGGGUGAUUCGCUCUUCACCGACGUUUCUUGA